AUGCAGCUAACCAAGCAGUGUGAGAACAUCACCAAUUAUUUAGUCCAGGCCCGUGAAAAUCGCAUGGAACUCGUAAAUUUACUGAACGAAGAGGAACAGGCGAUCGAAUCGGAAAUACGUAAAUAUGAAGAAAAUUUACGUGAAAAGGCUGAUCGUUUCCGUAAAACGCGUAAUUAUUAUAACGAAGAGCAAAUCAAGAACGAAUUCGAAAUGAUCAAUCAAAAUGUCAUAAAACUAGAGAUAGAAGAAGGUCAGCAGAGACAAAAUGUUAAAGAGUUACAAAAGGAAGUGAUGUCUCUUAUGCCGGAUAUACCUGAAGAUAUACUUGAAAUUGUG